AACAGUCGGCAAUACUGUAAAAUCACACAACCGACGCACCCUUCUGCUUCCACAUCGCGCAUCCGGCCUCUUUUCUCUCUAGGCGCAAGCCGUCCCCAGACAACCCACCCUCUCUCAACCAUCCAUCCAUCCAUCCAUCCCCAUUACAUCACACCUCGCCAGUUUCCUUCAGUCAAACAGCCAGCACAAUGUCACAAUACUACGGCGCUCCUCCGCAGACCAACUAUGGAGGUGGUGCAGCCGCCCAGAACCUGCAAUUCUACCCUUCCACUUACUCCCCGGGCAUUCAGAGCCACGCCCCUGCAGCACAGUCGGGAUACGGCUACGGCGGUGCAAGCCCAAGCUACGGUGGCUUCGGCGGCCAGGCCGCACCCGGGGUCAGUGGACGUAUGGGCGACGGACAAGGUGGCCUGAGGACCGGCUGGCUUGCUGCCUUUUCUACAGAGGGAUACGAGAACGAGCCACCACUGCUCGAGGAGCUCGGCGUCAACUUUGACCACAUCCACAAGAAGACACUCGCCGUCCUGAACCCCUUCUCCCGCAUCGAUCAGCAUCUUAUGGACGACUCCGACCUCGCAGGACCCAUGCUCUUCUUCGCCCUGUUUGGCUUCUUCCUGCUCUUCAGCGGGAAGGUCCACUUCGGAUACAUCUACGGUCUCGCCCUCAUGGGCACCGUCGCUCUACACACCAUCCUGUCGCUAAUGACUCCCGACGGCCCCUCCUCCCCCACGCCCGCCCAUGCCACACCGCAAUAUCCCGGUGGAUACGACCAGUCUGCCCAUGACGACGGCAAGGGGCACAUGAGCAGCACCUUGAGCUUCCCCAAGAGUGCCAGUGUAUUGGGCUACUGCCUUCUGCCUCUCGUCCUGACGAGCUUGGUGGGCAUUGCCAUCCCCAUGGACGGCAGUAUUGGUUACAUCCUGACCAGCGCCGCCAUCGUCUGGUGCACCACAAGCGCCAGUGGCAUGUUCUGUGCCGUUGGUCGUAUGAGCGGGAUGCGUGGGUUGGUCGCUUACCCAUUAGCCUUGUUCUAUGUUGGUUUUGGAAUUAUGAGCAUUUUCAGCAGCAGGGGCAGUGGCACCCUGGGUAACGCUGCUGGGGUGUCGUAACUUGUUCGCGCCCAGAUGAAACGGGGGCUUUGCAAGACGG